CAGAGCGGCUGCAGCGGGGGCGGGAAGGAGAGCAGCGAGCGAGGCCGGAUCCGGCAGGCGCUGGCGCGGAGCUGCCGAGCAGCGAGGCGAGCGCAGGGCCGCGAGCGUGUGGGCAGAGAGCCGGGCUGCCCCCGAGGGGCUCCUCGAGGGCGGCAGCAGCACCCCCGGCCGCCAGCAUGCCCGGACUGCCCGCACAGGGCGGCGCCGGCGCCGGCGCGCGGAGGGAGCGCGGGCCGCGGCGGGGGUGCGCGGCCCCCUGCGCCCCCGCGGAGGCGCGCGGAGGGCGCCCCUGAGCUCACAGAGGGGCCGCGCGCUGCGCUGCGCUGCGCAGUGUUGCGUUGUGCUGCGUUGUGCUGCGGGGCAGUGCGGUGUUUUGCGCUGCGCUGCGUUGGGCUGCGGGGCGGUGCAGUGCGUUGUGCCGCGCCGCGUUCCGCAGACGCCGCUCCGCGCGCGUUGCUCGAGGGCGCCGGCGGCGGGCGGCUGCUGGCGGCGGGCAGCAUGGUGCGAGCGCGGGGGGCGUCCGGCCCCGGGUGCCGCCUGCUGCUGCUGCUCGGCCUCCUGGCGGCCCUGCGUGCCCGGGACAGCCGGGCUGCUCCGCGGGCAGCGCCGGGCCCAGCGGUGGCUGCUGGUGAUGCUGGUGCUUGGCCGGAUGCAGGACUGAAGGCUUGGGAAGAUGCUGGAGGCAGUGGUCUUCCAGAUUCUCAGCUGAAUCUGCUUUUUGAGCAUCAGAGGGAUGCCAGGGAUGAGGCUGUGGUUGAAGGUUAUCCCAGUUCUCGCCUGGAUCCCGUUGUUGAGGCUCGGGGUCUUCCCAGGCGUGGUCCAAGAGUUGUUGAGCCUCGCAGGGAUGCCAGGGGCGAUGGUUACCGAACUUUUUGGCGGUAUCCAGUUCUCGUGCCUCGGGAGGAUCCCCGGGCUGUGGCCGUAGCGGAUGGAGAUCCCUCUUCUGCUCUGGAGCCUGGACUGGUGACUCCGGGACAUCCUGGAGGUCUUGGUGGUGGCAAAGAUGCCGAGGCUGCAGCUCCUAAAGGCCGACAAAAGCAGCGUUUGGUCCUGAGUGCCGCAGUCUUGGGUUCCGUACUGUUUGUCGUCCUGCUGACGUGUAUAGUCGCUUUCUGGCUGAGGAAGAGAAAGCAAGGGGAGUCAAGCACAGAGGAAGGCAGAGCAAAACCAGGGAGUGACAGCGAAAAGGAUGAGCUCACCCUAGAAAAUGAAAAUCUGAACAGCAGCUCCAGUCGCCUUCCGGUGAACUUUGCAACAGAGCUUUCCCAGUUAUUUAAUGCCACAAAUUCAGAAAGUUCAUUUCAGCCUACAUGCCAGAACACCUCAGAUGGUGAUUAUGACUCUUCCUCAGAUAUCUGCAUUCCCCGGGAUUUACCCCAAGCCGAUCAUUCCAAGUGCGUGUGCUUUCAUUACCAACAGGGAUAUUGUACUUCAGAUGCAUAUUCCGAAUAG